UUCCUCCUGCCCCCGAAAGUUGUGGCGACAGGGCAGGUUUUGGCUGCUUUCGAGAACGUCGCUCCGAUCCCUUUAAAGGCGGGGAUCAGGACGGAGGAUGCGGGGGAAGAAGGCGGGAGCCGAGGGCUGGAGUCGCGGUUGACAUAGAAACUCCAGCGCCGUCGCCCGGGGCCCUGUGCCCUCCGGCUCCGCUGCCGCCCGCCGCCCCGCCUGCGCUCUCCCUGCCCGGAGCCCCGGCCGCCCCCUCCCGGAGCUCAGCGGCCGCGCGCGCUCGGGCCGAGGCCCCCUGGCGUCUCCCUAAGUGUGCUUUCUCCCCGCGCGGGCGAGGAGAGCCAGUCGCGGAGCCGGGACCGCUAGCCGUCUACACCCCUACCUCACCCUCUGUCCCUUGGGCACCAGUUUGCUCAGGACCGGCGUGGCGGCGGGUGACGCGACCCUUCCGCAGCGGGUCCCGGCCGGAGGUGCCGUCACGCCUCCCUCGGGAGCCGGCCCCAGACCUGUCCGACGCUCCGGCCAUGACCCAGAGCCCGGCGUUCGGGCCCCGGAGGGGCUGCCCUGCCGCCGCCGGAGCCGGCGCGCGGCGCAACGAGAGCCAGGACUACCUGCUCAUGGACUCGGAGCUGGGAGACGACGGCUGCCCGCAGCUCCCGCUGCCUCCCUACGCCUACUACCCCAGCUUCCGGGGCACUGACAACAGACUGACCCACCGGCGGCAGACAGUUCUCCGUGAGAAGGGAAGAAGGUUGGCUAACCGAGGACCAGCGUACAUGUUUAGUGAUCGCUCCACAAGCCUAUCUAUUGAGGAGGAACGCUUUUUAGAUGCAGCUGAAUAUGGAAACAUCCCAGUGGUGAGGAAGAUGUUAGAGGAGUGCCUGUCACUCAAUGUGAACUGUGUGGAUUACAUGGGUCAGAAUGCCCUGCAGUUGGCAGUGGCCAAUGAGCACCUGGAAAUCACAGAGCUUCUUCUCAAGAAAGAAAACCUUUCUCGGGUUGGAGAUGCUUUGCUUCUAGCUAUUAGUAAAGGUUACGUCCGGAUUGUGGAAGCAAUUCUCAAUCAUCCAGCUUUUGCUGAAGGCAGGAGGUUAGCAACCAGCCCUAGCCAGUCUGAACUCCAGCUGGAUGAUUUUUAUGCCUACGACGAAGAUGGGACCCGGUUCUCACAUGAUGUGACUCCAAUCAUCCUGGCGGCCCACUGCCAGGAAUAUGAAAUUGUUCAUACGCUCCUGCGGAAGGGUGCCCGGAUUGAAAGGCCCCAUGAUUACUUCUGCAAGUGCAGUGAAUGCAACCAGAAACAGAAGCACGACUCCUUUAGCCACUCCAGGUCUAGGAUUAAUGCCUAUAAAGGCCUGGCGAGUCCGGCUUACCUGUCAUUGUCUAGUGAAGACCCAGUCAUGACGGCUUUAGAACUUAGCAAUGAGCUGGCCGUUCUGGCGAACAUUGAGAAAGAGUUCAAGAAUGACUACAAAAAACUCUCAAUGCAGUGCAAAGACUUUGUUGUUGGACUCCUUGAUCUGUGCAGAAAUACUGAAGAAGUCGAGGCCAUUCUGAAUGGGGAUGUUGAAACACGCCACCCUGGUGACCAUGGUCGUCCAAAUCUCAGCCGUUUAAAACUUGCCAUUAAAUACGAAGUAAAAAAAUUUGUAGCUCAUCCAAACUGCCAACAGCAGCUCCUCUCCAUAUGGUACGAGAAUCUCUCCGGGUUGCGGCAGCAGACGAUGGCAGUCAAGUUCCUCGUGGUCCUUGCUGUUGCCAUUGGACUGCCCUUUCUGGCUCUCAUUUACUGGUUUGCUCCAUGCAGCAAGAUGGGGAAGAUAAUGCGUGGACCAUUCAUGAAGUUUGUAGCACACGCAGCUUCCUUCACCAUUUUUCUGGGACUGCUAGUUAUGAACGCAGCUGACAGAUUUGAAGGCACCAAACUCCUUCCUAAUGAAACCAGCACAGAUAAUGCAAAACAGCUGUUCAGGAUGAAAACAUCCUGCUUCUCAUGGAUGGAGAUGCUCAUUAUUUCCUGGGUAAUAGGCAUGAUAUGGGCUGAAUGUAAAGAAAUCUGGACUCAAGGCCCCAAGGAAUACUUAUUUGAGUUGUGGAAUAUGCUUGAUUUUGGUAUGUUAGCGAUAUUUGCAGCAUCAUUUAUUGCAAGAUUCAUGGCAUUUUGGCAUGCUUCUAAAGCUCAGAGCAUCAUUGAUGCAAAUGAUACUUUGAAGGACUUGACAAAAGUUACCUUGGGAGACAAUGUGAAAUACUACAAUUUGGCUAGGAUUAAGUGGGACCCCUCUGAUCCUCAAAUUAUAUCUGAAGGACUUUAUGCAAUUGCUGUAGUUUUGAGUUUCUCCAGAAUAGCUUAUAUUUUGCCAGCAAAUGAAAGUUUUGGACCUCUGCAGAUAUCACUUGGAAGAACAGUAAAAGACAUCUUCAAGUUCAUGGUCAUAUUCAUCAUGGUGUUUGUGGCUUUUAUGAUUGGAAUGUUCAACCUCUACUCCUACUACAUUGGUGCAAAACAAAAUGAAGCAUUUACAACAGUUGAGGAGAGUUUUAAGACACUGUUUUGGGCUAUAUUUGGACUUUCUGAGGUGAAAUCAGUGGUGAUCAACUGUAAUCACAAAUUCAUUGAAAACAUCGGUUAUGUUCUUUAUGGAGUCUAUAAUGUUACGAUGGUCAUUGUUUUGCUAAAUAUGUUAAUUGCAAUGAUCAACAGUUCAUUCCAGGAAAUUGAGGAUGAUGCUGAUGUUGAGUGGAAAUUUGCGAGGGCCAAACUUUGGUUUUCCUACUUUGAAGAGGGGAGAACACUUCCUGUUCCCUUCAACCUGGUGCCAAGUCCAAAGUCCCUGUUUUAUCUCUUACUGAAGCUUAAAAAAUGGAUAUCUGAACUGUUCCAGGGUCAUAAAAAAGGUUUCCAAGAGGAUGCAGAGAUGAACAAGAGAAAUGAAGAAAAGAAACUUGGAAUUUUAGGAAGUCACGAAGACCUCUCAAAAUUAUCACUUGACAAAAAACAGCUUGGCCAUGACAAGCAACCAAGUAUAAGAAGUUCAGAAGAUUUCCAUUUAAAUAGUUUCAAUAAGCCUCCAAGACAGUAUCAGAAAAUAAUGAAGAGGCUCAUUAAGAGAUACGUCCUGAAAGCCCAGAUAGACAAGGAGAGCGACGAAGUGAAUGAAGGGGAACUGAAGGAGAUUAAGCAAGACAUCUCUAGUCUCCGCUAUGAACUCCUUGAAGAAAAGUCUCAGAAUACAGAAGAUCUAGCAGAACUUAUUAGAAAACUUGGGGAGAAGUUAUCCUUGGAACCAAAUCAAGAGGAAAGCAAUAGAUAAUGCAAAGACUUCCUUAGCAAUAUGUAUUUAUUUGUUCACUUGAAGCCAUAUUACUUUCUGAUUUAUUUUUUUAAAUACAAUUGCCCACUUUUAAACAAGAAAAAGUUUGGGAUAACUUGGGUUAUCCUAUCAUCUGGAACCUUAAUAGCUAAUAUUUUAGUGAUUAAACUUUUUUGUUCAGGCUAAAGUUGGCUGAAUAUGGUGAAAA